AUGAACACAAUUUUCUCAUCAAUCACGCGCCUCGCGCGCCCAGUCCUGACCAAGUCCCUCUCUCAAUCACCCAGGACAUUCACAACUCUCGUUCCUCUCCGACCUUCCCUAACUCCCAUGAACGGCGCCAUCCGAAGAAGCGUUCUCCCAUCAAGCUUCACCCCCUCGACAGCUGCCUCGGCCGAUAUCGUUCCUUCAAGCGCCAUCUCAGCACACCCCGCGAUGGGAGAUAUGCAAAUUCGCUGCGGACCUCGAAACACCAUGAACGGACACACUAGACUUGUUCAGAAGCGCAGACAUGGUUUCCUCGUCCGAAAGCGAAGCAAGACAGGAAGGAAGAUUCUCCUCAGGAGGAAGAUUAAGGGCCGAAGACACAUUGCCCAGUAG